GCUCCUAACCUCACUCCCUUUUCCCACUUUCUCUAUUCUCACUACAGUUAAGCUUUCUCUCUUCUCCGGCGACGUUAUGGCUGCAACAGAAUCGAAUCUAGACGAGUUUCUCAAUCUCGAUUACGAACUUCGGUAUCCAAGUCUUGCCGAUACGGAAGCGUUCAUGACCGGCGUUUGCUCCGCCGCCUUCCAAACUCUUUUACCGGAUGUGGUAACUUCCUUUUCAACUUGUGGUGGAGUUUCAGAUUCUCAAAACCUCACUCCCAAACAUUCCACCAUCACUGCUACUAUUGAUUCUCAGUCAUCCCUUUAUGGCACUGUUGGAAGCCCAGUUUCAGCCAAUAAACCAAACAGCAGAGAGAAUCACGCCAAAGGAACAUCAAGUGGUUCCUCUGAUCCUUCCGAUGAAGACGAUGAAUUAGGUCCUUGUGAACAAAGCACUAAUCCACUGGAUAUCAAACGCCUUAGAAGAAAGGUUUCUAAUCGCGAAUCAGCCAGAAGAUCGAGGCGAAGAAAACAAGCUCAUUUGUCCGAACUCGAGUCUCAGGUUGAAAAAUUGAAACUGGAAAAUGGAACCCUAUACAAACAGUUUACGAAUACUAGCCAACAAUUUCAUGAGGCUGAUACAAAUAACAGAGUGCUAAAAUCAGAUGUAGAAGCUUUAAGAGCAAAGGUAAAGUUAGCUGAAGAUAUGGUCACUAGAAGCUCUUUCACCACAUCAUUAAACAAUCAGUUUUUCCAGAAUCAAUGUCAAAUAACCACACCGCCACAACUCAACGUGACAUCCUUGCGCCGCGCGCCACAUGUCUCACCAACCAUCAAUGUGCAGCAGGGAAAUGGUGUCCCUUACAGCGGUGUCGCGGUUGGUGAACAUAAUUCAAAUCUCGGGUUUGGAAACUUGGACAUGAGUAACUACAACGACAUCAUUGACAUCAUUGACAAUGGAGUCUUAAGCAAUGCUAUGAGCUGUGUAACUACUACCUGGCCUUAAGGGUUUUUCUUGAUCACUAGAUCAUCUUUAUAUUAUCUCAUGUCUUUGUGUAUUUGAUUAGUAGAUUAAGUUGAUGUUUUAUAUGCUUAUCAAAAUAGUGUGUUUACAUUUUGUAUAAAAAGGACUUGUUGAUUA